GCUGUCAGAGCGUUGCAUCACCUCUGGACACCCGGCGGCGGCGGCGGCGUGGAGGAGGCUCUUUCGUGGCGCGCCCACACGGGGGCCUUUCAGGUACCCCCGGACCUGCCCGCGGGGUCGCCCCAGCAGCAAAAUGGUUCAGCAAGUUCCAGAAAACAUCAAUUUUCCUGCUGAAGAAGAGAAAAUCUUGCAGUUCUGGUCUGAAUUUAACUGUUUUCAGGAAUGCUUAAAGCAAUCAAAACAUAAGCCAAAAUUUACGUUCUAUGAUGGGCCUCCUUUUGCAACUGGACUGCCUCACUAUGGACAUAUACUUGCAGGGACGAUUAAAGAUAUAGUUACCAGAUAUGCUCACCAGAGUGGGUUUCAUGUUGACAGAAGAUUUGGAUGGGAUUGUCAUGGCUUACCUGUGGAAUAUGAAAUUGAUAAGACACUGGGAAUCAGAGGACCAGAGGAUGUAGCCAAAAUGGGGAUUGUAGAGUAUAACAAUCAGUGCCGAGCAAUUGUGAUGAGAUAUUCUACUGAGUGGAAGUCCACUGUUACCAGACUUGGCCGAUGGAUUGACUUUGACAAUGACUACAAAACUCUGUAUCCACAAUUCAUGGAAUCUGUCUGGUGGGUCUUCAAGCAGCUCUAUGAUAAAGGCCUUGUGUAUAGAGGCGUGAAAGUCAUGCCUUUCUCCACCGCAUGCAACACUCCACUUUCCAACUUCGAAUCUCACCAGAACUACAAGCUCAAGGAGGACGGUGCUUUCACAGUGCUCGCCGAUGGCUACGUGCAGGAGGACGAGGGCACGGGAGUGGUGCACCAGGCUCCGUACUUCGGUGCUGACGACUAUCGGGUCUGUAUGGACUUCAACAUCAUUCAGAAAGACUCUUCUCCUGUUUGCCCUGUGGAUGCUUCAGGCUGUUUCACGGCAGAAGUGACAGAUUUCACGGGACAGUAUGUGAAGGAUGCUGACAAAAACAUCAUCAGGACCCUGAAGGAAAAAGGCCGACUUCUUGUGUCCAGCACCUUCACUCACAGUUACCCCUUCUGCUGGAGGUCAGACACUCCCCUGAUUUACAAAGCCGUGCCCAGCUGGUUCGUGCGGGUGGAGCACAUGGUGGACCAGCUCCUGAAGAACAACGACCUGUGUUACUGGGUCCCAGAGUUUGUGCGAGAGAAGCGAUUUGGAAAUUGGCUGAAAGAUGCACGUGACUGGGCAGUUUCCAGAAACAGAUACUGGGGCACCCCCAUCCCCCUGUGGGUCAGCGAUGACUUCGAGGAGGUGGUAUGCAUUGGAUCGAUGGCAGAACUCGAAGAACUGUCGGGAGCAAAGAUCUCUGAUCUCCACAGAGAGAGCAUUGACCAUCUGACCAUCCCUUCCCGCUGUGGGAAGGGAGUGUUGCGUCGCGUCUCUGAAGUGUUUGACUGUUGGUUCGAGAGCGGCAGCAUGCCCUAUGCUCAGAUUCAUUAUCCGUUUGAAAACAAGAGGGAGUUUGAUGAUGCAUUUCCUGCAGACUUCAUUGCCGAAGGCAUUGACCAGACCAGAGGAUGGUUUUACACCCUGCUGGUGCUGGCCACCGCUCUCUUUGGACAGCCGCCCUUCAGGAACGUGAUUGUGAACGGGCUCGUCCUGGCAAGUGAUGGUCAAAAAAUGAGCAAACGAAAAAAGAAUUAUCCGGAUCCACUUUCAAUCAUCCAUAAAUACGGUGCUGACGCCCUCAGAUUGUAUCUGAUCAACUCCCCUGUGGUGAGGGCAGAAAAUCUCCGAUUUAAGGAGGAGGGUGUGCGUGACGUUUUGAAGGACGUGCUGCUCCCUUGGUACAACGCCUACCGCUUCUUCACCCAGAGCGUCCUGAGGCUACAGAAGGAGGAAGAAAUGGAAUUCCUCUACAACGAGAACACAAUUAAAGAAAGUGCCAACAUCACAGACCGGUGGAUCCUGUCCUGCAUGCAGUCGCUGGUUGGGUUCUUUGAGACCGAAAUGGCAGCUUACAGGCUCUAUACGGUGGUGCCUCGCCUGGUCAAGUUUGUGGAUGUCCUAACCAACUGGUACGUCAGGAUGAACCGCAGAAGGCUGAAGGGUGAAAACGGGGUGGAAGACUGCGUUAUGGCCCUGGAGACCUUGUUCAGUGUCCUGCUGUCUCUGUGCAGACUGAUGGCCCCCUAUACACCUUUUCUCACCGAAUUGAUGUACCAGAAUCUAAAGCUGCUGAUGGACCCCGUUUCUGUCCAGGACAAGGACACACACAGCAUCCACUACCUCACCCUGCCCCAUGUUCGGGAGGAGCUGAUUGACAAGAGCACGGAGAGCGCAGUGUCCCGGAUGCAGUCUGUGAUCGAACUUGGGCGAGUGAUUCGAGACCGCAGAACCAUUCCCAUAAAGUAUCCUUUGAAGGAAAUUGUGGUUAUCCAUCAGGAUCCAGAAGCUCUUGAUGAGAUCGAGUCUUUGGAGAAGUACAUCAUUGAGGAAUUGAACGUCCGAAAGGUUACGCUGUCUACAGAUAAAAACAAGUAUGGCAUUCGCCUAAGGGCAGAGCCUGAUCACAUGGUCCUGGGGAAGCGCCUGAAGGGAGCCUUCAGGGCGGUGAUGACGUCUAUCAAGCAGCUGAGCAGUGAGGAGCUGGAGCGCUUCCAGGACAGCGGAACCAUUGUUGUAGAAGGCCAUGAGCUGCAUGAAGAGGACAUCCGCCUCAUGUACACCUUUGAUCAGAUGAUAGGAGGGACGACGCGAUAUGAAGCGCACUCGGAUGCCCAGGUUUUGGUUCUCUUAGAUGUCACCCCCGACCAGUCAAUGGUGGAUGAAGGAGUGGCUCGGGAGGUCAUCAAUCGCAUCCAGAAACUUCGCAAAAAGUGCAAUCUGGUUCCAACUGAUGAAAUAACAGUUUAUUAUAAAGCAAAGUCUGAAGGGAAGUAUCUGAAUAAUGUUAUCGAAAGCCACACAGAGUUCAUAUUUGCCACUAUAAAGGCUCCCUUGAAACCGUAUCCAGUUCCAAUGUCAGAUAAAGUCCUUAUUCAAGAAGAAAUGCAGUUAAAGGGUUCUGACCUGGAAAUUGCAAUCACCAGAGGAUCAUCCCUGCCUGGUCCUGCUUGUGCAUAUGUCAAUCUUAACAUCUGUACAAAUGGCAGCGAGCAAGGUGGAGUAUUGCUUCUGGAAAAUCCAAAAGGCGAUAACAGGUUGGACCUUUUAAAGCUGAAGAGUGUUAUUACUAGUAUUUUUGGUGUGAAAAAUACUGAGCUGGCUGUCCUCCAUGGUGCCACAGAAAUACGAAACCAGACUGACUUACUGAGUCUUAGUGGGAAAACACUUAGAGUGGGAGCGGGUUCUGCCCCCGCUGUGGUGGACGGCCCCAGCACUGCGCUCUGCCACUACAUCAACCUGCAGCUCCUGAACGCAGGCCCUCAAGAGUGUGUGAAGGGAACGGUGGGCACGCUCCUGCUGGAAAACCCACGUGGGCAGAACGGACUCACUCACCAGGGCCUUCUGUAUGAGGCAGCCAAGGUGUUUGGCCUUCGCAGCAGGAAGCUCAAGCUGUUUCUGAACGAGACUCAGACACACGAAAUUACUGAAGAAAUCCCCAUGAAGACUUUGAACAUGAAGACUGUGUAUGUUUCUGUAUUACCGACGACGGCAGACUUCUAACAUUCGUCCCCCAUGUGGCGGAGUCAGCCUUCCCCUGGCACGUGCCUGUCCCCCCCCACACACAUGGAAGAUGUUCCCUUCUGGGGCACGUAUGAUUUGCUGCUUCGGGUCCACAAUUGAAAUGGGGAUGAUUCCUCAGGUGACUUGGCACCUCACGGUCAUACUUACACGUAACCUGAACUCCCGCGCAGCCACAGGGAGGGCAGACUGCACCUCUGCUCACUUCUGCACUUGCACAACAUGGAAGUGAUUUCAGUGGCAGAUUUAUAGAUCAUUCUGUGGCCUUUUAAAACUUGUUUGAGAUGUCCUGAAGAAAUGUGUUAAAUAUUUCUGCUACCUGGAUUUUCCUGGGUAAUUUGAUGGAAUAUUUUAAGUUUCAGUAAAUUAGAAUAAAUAAAUUUUCUCUCAGAUAAUAAA